AUGAAAAGGCCAGAGCCACUGCCUUGCCCCCAGGAGACCGAAGACAUGGCACCCAAGAAGGCCAGGAGAAGGGCAGCUGCAGAGGGCGGAAGCUCCAAUGUCUUCUCCAUGUUUGACCAAACUCAGAUCCAAGAGUUCAAGGAGGCCUUCACGGUAAUCGACCAGAACCGUGAUGGCAUUAUCGACAAGGAAGACCUCCGGGACACCUUCGCAGCCAUGGGGCGCCUCAAUGUGAAGAAUGAGGAGCUAGAUGCCAUGAUGAAGGAAGCCAGUGGUCCCAUCAACUUCACCGUCUUCCUGACCAUGUUUGGAGAGAAGCUCAAAGGUGCCGACCCUGAGGACGUGAUCACCGGAGCCUUCAAGGUCCUGGACCCUGAGGGGAAGGGCACCAUCAAGAAGCAGUUCCUGGAGGAGCUGCUCACCACGCAGUGCGACCGCUUCUCCCAGGAAGAGAUCAGAAACAUGUGGGCAGCGUUCCCCCCCGACGUGGGAGGCAACGUAGACUACAAGAACAUCUGCUACGUCAUCACGCACGGCGACGCCAAGGACCAGGAGUAGGAGACCCUCUUAGGCCUCUGCUGGCCAAUGCCUCCUACCAGUCCGA